CCGUUAAACGGGAAAUUUCGAAAGCGCUACCUAGGGUUUCUCGCCGGGGAUGGUGCCGCUGGAGCUCAAGGUCGCUGGAUUCGUGCGGCGGCGCCGGGUGAUCCAGGUGGAGCCGCUAUGCGAGAUCGGUGUGUUGCGGAGAUUGGUGAGCCAGGAGCUUGGCCUAGUGGAGGAUUCUCAAGUGAAUCGACUGAAGCUCGUGUUUAGAGGCAAGGCUCUCGGUGCUGCUGAUGAUUACUCCACUGUCGACAUUCGAGCUGGAGACUCGUUGCUGGUGCUUCUUCCACCCAAGGCGCCUUCGGUGCACUCGCAGAGCAAAAACGAAGACGAGGAUGAUGACUUGAGAUUCAAGCUUCCCGCGACCGCAUCCCCGCUCCAGAGAAGACUCGUACAGUUCUUGAAGCACAACCUCAAGUUUCCAGACUUCGUGCUGAUGAUCAUCUUCUCUUUUGGUUUCAGAAGAUGGAUGAUGGUCCUGCUCUGGCUCAUCGUCGCUGGCUACGCCAUUUCGUGGGACUUGGGCCAUCUCUACAUAAUCGCAACGAUCUUUUGUCUCAUCGUUUGGAAUCUGGGAAAGCGGCAAGAGGGCGAAAUCAGUGCCUACUCAAUCUUCAACGAUGAUUUUCACGAGAUUCCGGGAACUUUCAAUGCCGAGAGACUUGACCGCCAUCUCAGAGCCGGGAUGUAUUGAAACAGCUCCAAGAUCUUCCUUUCCAGACAUAGCGCACUGAAAAAUUCUAAGUUCCUUCUUUCCAUUUGUUUCAGCUGAAUGGAGCUUCCAUGGUUUUUCUUCUUCUUCUCUCUCUUUCUAUCUCUCUUUUCUCUCGUCCCUCUCUUUGAUUCCUAUGCUCCACUAAAAAGCUGUACAUAAUAGAGUGAGUCUAUACAAAUUUCCCAACCGGGCUUGCC